ACACUUUCAGCGGAACAAUCGCACAGAAAAUAAACCCAAAUGCCAUUUCAUUCGAAAUCUCUCGUACAUGCGCUAACCACCGCAGUGGCGGCACCCGGACAGCAGACAGGUCUGGGACGGCUGCCCAGUGGGCUUGGGGUCGGUCAAACUCAAAAUGGCCAUGACGUCUUGAUUCAAGUUGGACGUCACAUCGCAUCGUCCAGAGAACAGACCCGAAGGCACCCCACAUUCAGGUAG